AUGUCGAUCCCGCGCCCAGGCGUCCAUGGAAAUUCCAUUGAAAAGGUGCCUCAGGUCGAUCCCGCGCCCAAGCGUCCCCCUGUGCUUGAUCUCCCGGGAGAGGACGGUGGGGGUGGCGGCAGACCAGGGAGGCUGGCGGGCCUCGACCUCGCGGUGGAGGAAGGCGGGAGUUGGGGCGACCCAGGGAGGCCGGCGGCCCUCGACCUGGCGCCAGAGGAAGGCGGGAGUGGGGACGAGCUGAUGCCGGAGGAAAGGGGCGGGGCGGGAUCCAGGAGGCGUGCGGCGGCGGGAUCCAGGAGGCGCGGCGGCGGGGAUGCAGGAGGCGCGCAGCGGUGGGAUCCAGGAGGCGCUGCGGCGGGGAUGCAGGAGGCGCGCGGCGGCAGGGUCCAGGAGGUGGAUAUAUAG